AUGUUUGGUUCUGGGCAUGGCUCCGGCCAUACCCGCCACAACGGCCACAGUCACGGGAACCAUCACCACGGCUCAAAGUCCUCAAAAAGCAAAUCCCAAGGGGCAGCUCUUGUCUCAGGGGUCAACCUGUACUCCUUUCUAUUCGUCAUCAACGAAUUCGUUGUCAACUACGAACCACUUGAGGGCCAAGACCGUCCCCUGAGGGACCCGUGGCUUAAUAUCAUACCCCCACAAGACGCAGCGGCAUACACCGACGAGCUCGUUGGGACAGUUUUCCGGUACCAGAAUGGGCAUGUCUCCCCAGCCCAAGGCUACUUUUGGCACCGACCUGCCAUGGGCCACAAAGGAUACAUCGUCCGAUUGGACCCAGACGGCAGUGUUACCGGGUAUCCGGGAGAAUACAAGGCACAGACCGUCUUUGCUUGUUCGUCUCUCCUCCCUAUGAUUGUGACGAACAGCGAUGCUUCGCUCGGGUCGGCCUCAAUGUGGCAAACCCAAGCAUGCGCUGCCUGCAGCCCACAAUAUCAAAACCAAGAAUACACCCGGUGGUGGCACCUGCAUUUCACUCAAGGCGACUCCCAAGGGAGCGGUAUCUCUUCCGUCAACUCUGUUGCUUCGGGUUGCCCGUAUGUCGUGGGCAAGGACGCGGCAUGGAUUCCGUCCUUGGUGCCCAGUGCUUAUCGGAAUACUAGUGUCAACGCGGUCCCUUCAACUGGAUUGUCGGGAGAUCUGCCAAUUAUCCUGGCCUUGAUGGGCUUUCAUGGAGCACUGGGGAGGGCGAGCGACGUAUUUCACCACCAAAAAUGGAGUAUGGGUAGAUGGAACGGAGGUGGGAGGGCUUCCAGUUAUCUUCCUAGAUCGGGCGAAAGCCCUCGCGGCCUCUUCGUUCAGGUAUGCGCCGAUAACUUGGUAGAGGGCCUUCAAGAUUGUGAAGAGAACAACCUCCCGGAAGCGGUCUGGAAUCAAAUGCUUCGCGAGCUCGAAUGCUGCACGAUCCUCGUUCAAGGAUAA